AGGAAACAAUUUGCAAAGCUGGAAGUAAAGGGUUAUCUGAGCGGGUCCGAGUGCCGCUCAUUGGUUCGGUAAAGAGCAGUUUCUGUAUAACCUCCAGGUCAGUAUCACGUCCUGCUUUCCAGCAUCAGCAUCUCAGAAUCACCAUAGGACAGUGUAACCAGCCAACUUUCAACACACGUCACACCUCCGAGUCCAGCGAUUAUUUUGUUACUGACGGUGGCGAAAACGAGAGCAAAAAGCUGAACUCGGUUAACGGAAGUUGGACAUUUUAUUUGCAAGUUGAAACAUUGAAAAGAGAAGGUGGGUGAACAUACUUUCCCCCAGAAUUUACAAUAAGCCGGUAGCAUUUCUAAAAAUAAUUAGAACGGAGAAUAUUAAAACAAAGCAGAGACGUCGGGAUUUCGAUCGGAAGUUGGACAAACCUAUCUCCGCUUUCCUGACAAAGAUUAAUUUCUUUUACGAUGCCAACCAACACAAGCAAGGAAAAGAAGUGGGCCCACACUAUAAAGUUGUUUGAUUCUUCGUUGUGAAGAUGUUUGCAGUGUUCGCAGCGCUCCAUUUUCUUACACUCUGUGGCUCCGAAAUCUCAGCCCAACCCAGUACAACCAUUGAUGCCGUCGUUGGACAAGAUGUUCAUUUCCCUGUGGAGAUUCAGUGUGAAGAUCAAUAUCGAGUAACCUUCCUGUUACUAUCCUCGGUUAAUGCAACCCUUGCCUUGCGGGGAACGAACAUGUCUGACAGACUGCACCCGGUGUACAAGGACAGACUGUAUUGGAGCGCGAAUGGUUCCCCGGUGCUGUCCAACGUGCAGGUUAAUGACAGUAACCGAUACGAGACCCAAAUCGACUGCUACCACGAAUCCUCAAAGGGCACAACUAAAAAGAUCUACGACUUGCGCGUGUUCGAACCAGUUUUGAAGCCAGUGAUAACACAAAUUUGGAAAUGUCCAUCUCUAAAUAUUACUCUGAGCUGCUCUGUCUCCAAUGGAGCAAAUGUUACAUUCCACUGGGAAAUUCUAUCCCUGUCUGAAAGCACCAACAGAACUUUCGAUGGGCCGGAACUGGUGGUGAACCAUGAGAACGAGUGGAAACAACACACAUUCAGGUGCAUAGUGAAGAACAGAGUCAGCAAUGCAAGUAGUGAACUCACUAUCACAGAGUUGUGCAAUGAAAAUGAUUUUGCUCGAAAACACCGGUUUGAAAUUAACGCGAGGGUGGGGGCUUUCCACGAGGCUCACCGGAGCAGAAGUUGUUUUGCAGGCAUGAGAAAUCACAGUGAGAGCAACGCUUUUUCACCAUAUGUUAAUGUGAAGAGUGAACAGUAAAUGGUUAAUCUUACUGCGAUCUGGUUUUCAUUGGCUGUGGUUUAUCCGGACGUUAAAUUCGGCGUUCGUUACACCCGAAGGAGAACGUUACAGUGAAAAAGCGGCAUUAUCAGGUGUUUCAAGUGCUGCAAUGUCAGCUCGAUCCAGCAUCAAGCCGACGCCGCCCAGCGACAAGGGCGGUAAACCGACAUCAAGUAAGCCCACCCGGGCGUUAUCAGGUGUUCCAAGUGCUGCAAUGUCAGCUCGAUCCGGGAUCAAGUCGAUGGCGCCCAGCGACAAGGGCAGUAAACCGACAUCAAGUAAGUCCACACAGGCAAGAGCCAAGGCAGAAACCGCCAAGGUGCAACUGCAUUACGCCAAACAAGAAGCAGUUUUGAAAAUGAAACAGGCCACCAGAGAAGUCGAAAUCCAGAAAGAAAGGGCCGCCAGAGAAGCCGAAAGGGCCACCAGACAAAGAGAAGAGGCUGCCAGAGAAGCCGAAAUCCAAAAAGAAAGGGCCGCCAGAGAAGCCGAAAAGGCUGCCAGACAAAGAGAAGAGGCCGCCAGAGAAGACGAAACCCAGUUGGAAAUGGCAAAAAUAUCGACAGAGUUGCAAGUGCUGCAGCUAGAAAGAGAAGGAGAAGCUGCCAUGGCGGAAGCAAAGUACAUAGAAGAAGCUGAAGGGUCGCGUGAUCUGACCGAAGCAAGAUCUACUUUAGAAAGGACCAGACUGGAACGCAAAAGCGACUAUGUACAAUAUCAAAUAGACAGGCAGGCUCGUCUCCCCUCUCCAUACGUAUUCGAUAACUUCCCCAGCUACGAGGAACCUCAGAGAGUCACGAUUGCAUCACAUCCAUAUGAGGAAGGAAAUUUACCCUCACGGCUCCGUGAUGAAGUCAAGAAUGAAAGAACCGACAACGCUCCUUCACCCCCACAACAAGACGGCGGGGAGGGAGAGGUUCACUCCAGGACAACAAUUGUCAGCUCGAACUGUACAGAAGUUUGCGGUCAAACUCAGUCAAGCCGUUCUUGUUCCGAGAUCUGCCUCACUGAGGUGUACCCUGAAGAAGCACAAUAAGACAUUACCAAGCGUAAAGUAACCGACGAGACGCUAGGUCAGUCAGUUUUCGUUCAAACCGAGGACAGAAACAAACUUGCACAAUCAGCUCAAGAUACCAUUUCUUUAAAACCCAAAGACACCAAGGUCUUCAGAGAUGAAGCAAAUAAUGGGAUUGCCCCAUUGCCUAUCAGAGAACCACGCCAGCGCUCACCAGAUAACAAAGAGCAGGCAGUCAAACGGUUCACAUCCUUACGGAAAACCCGGAAAAGGAAACCUGAGAUGCAGCAACGCACCCGAUUGGCCCACGAGGUACUGUGCACCCUAAUGGCAGAGGUCACAGCCAUUAUAAACGCACAAUCAUUCCUACCUGUGUCUUCUGACCCAGAAAGCCCCUUUAUACUUUCGCCAUCAACGCUCCUUACACAGAAGGCAGGAGCACCUCCUCCACCAGGAGACUUUUCAGACAAGGAUUUGUACACAAAGCAAUGGAGACAAGUCCAGGCUUUGGCAAAUCGGUUCUGGCCU